CCGAUCACUUCCGACUGUUUGUCGGCAUGUCACGUUCCAAUACGUGAACAUGUAAAUAUUAUUCGCCAGGCUUCCUUCCUACCGUCUUGUUCAGUCGGGCUGAUCACAAACUACAGCUAGUGGCAGCAUGUCAACGACCAGUCUACGGAAUCGGAUGUUGGCAUACUGUGCAGCAUCAUUUGGUUUCACGUUGCUGUCUUCCACCUUCUCCUUCUAUUAUGUGAAGGUGUUUCUCAACCUCUACCACAUAGACGAGAAGUGGUUUCACCUCGCACAGAUCCUCUACCUGGUGUGGAAUGCUGUGAAUGACCCACUGUUUGCAUAUUGUCAGGACACCAGUGCAUCUUGGCUGCCCAACACACGCCGAGAACUGAUCCUCUAUACUGGGCCUCUGUUUGGCCUGGCGUAUCUGACGGCAUGGUUCCCCUGGGGGUACUCCAGCUGGUUGACUGGCCUCCACCUCAUCGUGGCCUUGUGUCUCUACGACACCAUGUUUACAUUCAUAGGACUGGCGCUGUGCUGUCUGUACACGGAGAUCGCCAUAACGGAAAGUGAACGUAUUCGGCUGACGCAGAUGUCACAAGUAGCAGGGUUCGUUGGUUCCUUCUCAGUGACACUUUGUGAGUUUUCUUCAAACAGUUUAAAGGAUUUCUCCAAGUUCCAGACGACAACAGUCUUCCUGGCUUUUUUGAGCGCCAUAUUUAUGGUGUAUGCAGGGAAGCAUGCACACACUCACUACGAUGUGAAGAAGAUGACUGCGAUGGAUGAAGAGGAGGAUGAUGAUUGUAAGGAGUCUGCGGAUAAGACUUCCUACUGGAGGCUCACUUGGCAGAUCCUCACAGACAGGAACUUCCUCUCCUUCGUUAUCACAAACUUUUUCCAAGAAUUCCAUCGAACUUUCAUUAUUAGCUUUACUGUGAUAAUAUGCGACCAGCUCAUCAGUGAGGACGAUGUUCAUCCAUAUGUCAGGAGUAUCUUUUAUGGCAGCAUCACGGCAAUACACUCAUUACUCGUCAUAAUCGGUGCCCCACUGGUGGACAGGCUGGGCUACUUCAGUGUCAUCCGUGGAAACUUUGUGUGGAAAAUAGUAUCUGGACUGACCAUGGCGUUCAUAGGUCAAGCUCAUCCCUGGCUGCUGAUCCUGUUCCUUCUUGCUGACAGUGCAUACACCAACCUGGCCUGCUCAUUCUUCAACCUGCCUCUCUCGUACAUUGCCGACUCUAACAUGGAGCGCUACAACAGGAAACAUCCGAUGUCCUCCAUGAUCUUCGGGACAAAUGCCCUGGUGGUAAAACCAGCCCAGUCUCUGUGUCCCAUGUUCAUUGUGAUGGUGCUCAACAUGUACGGGUACCAGCUCUUAAAGAAAGGGCACCUGACCUCUGUGGACUCCUCCCAGCUGAAAGAGGUCAUGUUCCAUCUGGCCUGCUUCCUGCCUGUCGUCAUGGGAUGCUUACAGUUGCUGUCCUGGUCCUUCUUCAUGAUCCGUCUGCGUAAAGCACCCAGCCACACCCUGGAUGUCACCUUGUAAACAUGAGGGGAGAUGGGCCACUUCACAGUCAUUCUUCCAAAACUAGUAACACCAUACACCCAGCCAUGCUCAGGGUAUCACCUUAUAAACACGAGGGGUGAUGUGCCACUUCACAGUCUUUCUUCCCCAUCCAGAUAACCACAUACCCAGCCACGCUCAGGGUAUCGCCUUGUAAACAUGAGAGGGUGAUGUGCCACUUCACGGUCAUUCUUCCCCAUCCUGAUAACCACACAUCCAGCCAUGCUCAGGGACUAGCCUUGUAAAUAUGUGAGGGUGAUGAACCACUUCACUGUCCAUCACCCACUAUCAACACCAAGAAGUUGAAAGCUAUCAGAACCACUCAGGAAUAUAUUGCCACAUUUGGGACAGCAAAGACAGUUGCUGGUUGACAGACUCAGAUUUGACCUGAUACAAAACCGGGAUAACUGAGCUAGAGAAGGGAUGGACCAAGUGUAUUGAACUGCAAGGCGGAUAUGUUGUAAAGUUAUGUCAUACUUCCAUCCAAGAUGCGUCAUAGAGUCACAUUCUAGAUGUCAUGUUUUAAGCGUCAUAGAGUCAUAUUCUAGAUGUCAUGUCUUAAGCGUCAUAGAGUCACAUUCUAGAUGUCAUUUCUUAAGCGUCAUAGAGUCACAUUCUAGAUGUCAUGUCUUAAGCGUCAUAGAGUCACAUUCUAGAUGUCAUGUCUUAAGCAUCAUAGUGUCACAUUCUAGAUGUCAUGUCUUAAGCAUCAUAGUGUCACAUUCUAGAUGUCAUGUCUUAAGCGUCAUUGUGUCACGUCCUCGAUGUCAUGUCUUAAGCGUCAAAGUGUCACGUUCUAGAUGUCCUGGACAUCAUAGUGUCACCUCCUAGAU